AUGAUAUCUCGUCAUAAUUAUGCUGUGGCAAUUGUAAGGACGGCAAUUCUCGGCCCGCUCUUUCUUUUAGGCUGUGCUGCCAUUGUAUUUACACAAGAAGUUUCUGCUUUACUCCUUGUCAAUUCACCCAAAAGUCUUCAAGCUGCCGUUAACCUCUCCAAAACACAUUUCAUAUCACUUCUUACAUUCAUUGCUCAUAUCAUUUGUCCUUCUGAUGUCCUGAUCACUUAUGAUGAAUCUACUAAAGAUAUGGCCUUUUCUUCAACCAAUGGUCAUCUCUCGGGCUAUCUCAUGCCCAACUCGGUGUUGAUUUCAAAUCAUCAGAUCUAUACUGAUUGGUUAUCAUUGUGGCACAUUUUAGCUUCCACUCAUUUGGGUAAUAGUGUUUUCAUAUUCCUUAAAGAUUUAUCUUGGAUUCCAGUACUUGGACGUGGAAUGAAAAAUUAUAACUUUCUCUUUUUAUCAAGAAAAUGGGAAAAGGAUAAGAUUGUCUUGACAAAUCAACUUUUAGAAAUAGAUGCCAAUGCCAGAGGUUAUGGACCUGCUAAUGGUGUAAAACAUGUGUUUUCAACAUCAUUAAAUCAACAGGAUUCUACCACGUUACAACCUCCCAUCCAACAUUGGCCAAGUGGUAAAAACUCAAAACAAAUUUGGCCCUAUGAAAUCCUUUUAUAUCCAGAAGGUACUGUUACUUCACCUCAUACUAGAAUUAGAUCUGAUAAGUUUUGUGAUCGUAAGGGACUCCCACAUCUUAAACAUGUUCUUCUUCCUCGAGUUCGUGGUCUCUUUAUUACUUUACGGAAACUCCGGAAUACUGUUGAAGUGGUGUAUGAUAUAACCACCGGUUAUUCCGGAUUGAAACCAGGUGAUAAUGGUGAAGAUAUCUUUACUCUUAAACAAUUUUUCCUCUUGGGAUAUGGUCCAAAACGUGUUAAUCAUUAUAUACAGACAUGGAAAAUCGCUGAUAUCCCAUUAGGAGAUGAUGAUUGUGAAGAUAUUGAUGCAGUUAAAGAAGAAGAUGUAGCUAAGUUUGAACAAUGGCUUUUCAAGAUUUGGUACGAAAAGGACGAAAGAAUGGAUCUUUUCUAUAAGUCUGGUUCUUUUGAAACUAUCCCAAAUACUAAAACUGUUAUUGCAGAGAUUAAAAAUAAAAGUAUUUUGGAUUUACUAAGUGUCUUCACGCCAGUAAUUAUUGGAAUUUUAAUUCUUCGGUUGAUUUGGUUAGGAAUUUCUAGAUUAAUUUUCUAA